AUGUCAUCAAGUAGGAUCAGAUCGGUGUCGCUCAACUCAAACACCCCGCAAUCUGCCUCGCAGUCAGAGUCUUCCAACAAGAGACACUCAAUCCACGCUUCAGCUAAUUUAACUUCUUUAUCAAUACAAGAGUUGAAUGAUUUAUUGUCUAAUCAAAGAGCUUUAAAAGCUACUCUUAGUGAACCAGAGAAGCUACAGCAGCAACAGCAGCAGCAGAAGCAGCAACAGCAGCAACAGCAGCAACAGCAGCAACAGCAGCAACAGCAGCAACAGCAGCAGCAACAGUCACAAGCAGCACCAGGCCCCCAACCUGUGACACCUUGCACUCCAAAAAUCAAUGAUGUUAACCAAUUCAUUUCCACAAUCAUAAAAACUAUUGAAGACAAGAAAAGCUUUAAUGAAUCUCCUAUCAAUACAAAUAUUACUCCUUCGAACUGGAAUGAUUAUGAUGAUAUUAGAACUAGAAGUUCUACCCUCGAUAGUUUAAGCAUAAAUCCAAUUGAUUCAAAAUAUACCUCAAAUAAUGAAUCCUUUUUCCCUGGAUUCAAUCGAAUAAAUACAAAUCCAAAUGUUGAAAGUCCCACAUGGCUAUUGAGCGAAAUAAUUCAAAGUUUUUCCUCUAAAGACAAAGAUGAAUAUUAUAUUUUAUCAAAAGGUAAUCACCUUAUAUCAUUAUUAUCUCAAAAUCCACGUUUGAAAAAAGAUUUGUCAAUCAAGCAUUUAAUCUUAAAAGUUCAAUUCAUGCUUUAUCAUACGAGUUCCCAAGUGAAAGCUCUUGCAUACAAAAUUUUAAGAUAUUCAAUAUCAGAUUAUGAAUGCUUAACUACUUUAACCCAAUCCAAAAUUUUAAUUUUCAUCAUUAUUACAAUGUCAACCAAAACUACGCUAUUAGAGAAGGAAGAAGCUUUAAAAUUAAUAAGAGAAUUCAUUAAUGUUCCAAGAGGUACUGAUAACUUGUCAAUUGGGGUAAUUAAAUGUUUAAUAACUUUAAUUGAAUAUAGUAAUUCAGAUUAUGAUAUAGAUGAUCCUGAAAUGUUUUCAAAAGAUAAUAACGAUGAUGACAUUAAUAGUUGUAAUCAAGAUUCAACUAACAUUCCAAACUAUUUUAAAAAAAUUUGUGCAAUAACAAUUUUUGAAAUAGCCUUAUUGAAACCAGAAUUAAUUUUCCAUAGUGGGGGGUUUAAGAUUAUCAUAAAUACUUUAAUUAAUGGCCCUCCAGAAUUAUCAGCUAACUGUUUAAUGGUUAUAAAUAAUAUUUUGGAUUCGCCGAUACUGAGAAAAUUUUUAAGAAACGGUAUCGAUUUAAAUUCUUUAAUACUGAUUUAUUCUCAUUUUGAAGAUCAACCAAUUGAAAACUUAAUUCUUGAAAAACAAAAAAUUAAGAAAGAGACUAAAUCUUAUAAUAAAAGAUUAAAUCUGAGAUCUUUAAAAAUUAGUUUUUUAAUUUCAAUUUUUUUAAAAAAUUGGAAUGGCUUAAUUUGUUUUAGUCAUGAUAAUUUUAAAAUAAUUGAAGAUUUUAUUUCUUACUUGAAAAAGAGAAAUAAUAAAUUAAGAAAUACUAUAAUGGACGUGAUAUUUGAUGUCUUAAGAAUUAAAUCAUUACCCUGGGUUCCUAAUUCAAACAUUGGAGAUUUCAUCAAAAAAUUCAAUUCAAGUAUUGAAAACAACAACUUUAGUUUCCAAUAUCAAAAAUUAAACCCUCAAAGCUUUGAAUUCAAUAUAAUCAAUCAUUACCUUGGUUUUUUGAUAACUAUUUUCAUCAAUAAAGGUUUACUAUCAAGAUUAAUCGAAAUUAUGGAGGAAAAUUUCGAUGAAGAAAUUACUAAUAAAGCUACAUUAUUAUUAAGUCAUUUGAUUGAUAUGGCUAAUAAAUUAAUUCCUUCAGACUUAAUUUCAAAUCAAGUUUUAUUAACCAAUCAAGCACAUAUAAUUUCUUUAACUUCUAUUUCAAAAAUCGAAUCAAUUACUAGAAAUAAAAUUACUCCUCAAAAGCCAAUGUCUCAUUCAAAACAAUCUGAAUUAAAAUCUUAUAUUAAAGAUAUUAGUAUAAAUGCAAAAUCUUCUAUUGACGAUUUAGAAUUCAAAAAUUAUAUUAAUAAUACAAGAGUUUUAACAAUCAAAGAAUAUAAUAAUUGGAACUGGAACUUAUUAAUAACUUUCAUUCAAGGUCCUUUAAGAAAUCCGAAAAGAUUUGAUGAAUUAUUAGAAAAAAAUAACAAAUAUUUAAAAAGGUUGAUGUCAUUUUAUCGUCCCUUCAAGUAUAGAUUCUGUAAUAUACCGGCUAAAGAAAAUAGCCAAAGAAACCAUUAUAAAAAGUAUAUUAAUACCGGAGUUCAACUAUUUGAAACUUUAUUAAGUUUGACAAGUGGUAUAAAAUAUUUGUCUUCAAAUAAAAUCUUACCUCAAUUAUCUGAAAUUGUGGCCCAAAUUGAUCCUUAUAGUGGAGUCAGAGCAAAAGAACCUAUAUUAUCAAAAAAAAGAUUGGAAACGACUUUAAGUAUUGGCUAUUUAAAAAUUAUUGGUACUAUGUCCCACAAUACUGAUGGGUUAAAAAUGUUGGAGCGCUGGCAAUUUUUCACAAUGUUUAAUAAUAUCGCCGAAGCAAGUCAUUAUGAUGAAUCGAACAAUUUGUUUUUAAUAAACUUAUUAAAUUAUUUGGAUUUCUCUACCGAUACUCAACUUCGAUUAUUUUUAUUAAAAUGUUUGAAUGUUAGUAACUCAAAAAUUAAAAACUUUAUAAUUGACGUUUUGAUUCCUGAUUUGUUAAAUAUCAAAAAUUGUGAAUUUUUCAUUAUUAAAAUUUUGGUCAAUUUACUUUAUGAUCAAAAUUAUUCUAUAAUUGAAAAAUCAAUCAAUUAUUUAUACGAUUUUUUCAUUACCAGAGAAAACACCAAUCGUAUAGAUUAUUUGAUUAACUUGAAACCAUCAGUUGCUAUCUUAUCAAAGUUCCCUAAAGGUGAAUUAAUUUUAAUGAACUUAUGUAAGACGUCAAAUGGAUUUAAUUAUCUUAACGAAUCAGGAUAUAUUUCAAAAAAGCUUACUGAAGCCAUUGAAUAUCUGAAUAACUUCGAUUAUUUAAAAAUCAUUGAAAAUUCAAUCAGACUGAAACUAGUACCAUAUAUCUCCAAAUCAGAACAACAAAUCCCUCGUCACUUUUUUUAUUACCUUCUCUCUACUGAAGAAGGUUUUGCGAUGUUUGAUAAUGACAGAUCUUAUUACGAUAGAUUAAUUUCAAAUACAAAUUAUAUAAUAAGAAAAUUGAAACUAUUUAAUGAUAAGAAUGUCAAUAAUAGUAUCGGUGUUGAAGAUGAUACUUUUACUGAUUUAGCUAAUUUAAAAUUCAACAGUUCCUAUUUAGAAUCUGAACAUACGGGUAAUAAUUUUAACACUACUUUGGUCAGUGACGUUGAUUACUCCAGUGGAAUUCGUGGUGAGAGCUUCAAUGAGGAUAAUACAAACCUUAGCAAUCCUAUAAAUUCAACACAAUUAGAGUUUUCUAUUGACCAAAAUAAUACUCUAAAUCGUUGGAAUUCUCAUCGCAAACAAGAUGCUUGCGAAGAAAAUGAAGAAGAUUUUGACCAUUUAGAAGAUUUAAACGAAGAGGAGUAUUUGAAGUAUAUUAAUACUUUAAAACAGAAUCUAUGGAUAAUAGGUGAAAUUGCUGCUUCGUCCUACGGCAUUCAAUUAUUAGAUUCAGCUUAUGGGGGAGGGAAUUUAGGAGAGAGCUCAGGUAUAAUCGAGUCCAUUAUCAAAUUAUUCUAUGAAAGUCCAAUUUGGCAAUUGAGAGGUGUGGCCUUUUAUCAAUUAGGAAAAAUUUCGUCUACCCCUGAAGGUAUCGAAAUAUUAGAUGAAUUAAACUGGUGUUCGGUCAUUGAUGAAAAUUAUAAUAAUCCAUUAAAUUUAACCUACCCGAAGAACAUUAAUACCGCAGAUGUAUUUAAAGUUAAAAAGGCAAAUCCUUAUAGAAACAUUAAAUAUUAUACAUUAUUUAGUGGAACAGGUAAAGGUUAUGAAUUUAUAGAUUUAGAAGAAGGUGAAGAUGAGGGCCAAGAUGAAUUAAUGUUUGAAAGUUAUGACGUCUUAAUUGAUAAAAUUUUAAAUUAUAUAGGCCAUUUAACUGCUGUACAUGGAACCAUCGUGCUGGCACGAAUUUUGAAGAAGUCCAUGAAGGAGUUAACAAAAAUUAAGCAAACUACACCAAAAGUGUUUGAAAAUUUAACUCUUUUCUUGAAAGUGAUCAAAGUCGUUGACAAGGGAAAUUAUGAAUUCAAAACUAAGAAUUUUAUAUUUGAUUUAUUUAAAGAUACCAAAAUUCUUGAAAAUUUAUUGAAAAGAGAUCGUAAAAAUUCAAAUACAAGAAAUUAA